GUAGGGCACAUUUAGCACAGCAGCGCUCCAGGUAGGGCACAUUUAGCACAGCAGCGCUUACGCGUAAGCAAUUCGCCACCCAAAAGAUCAGCUGAACGCAGUGAGUUCGCCGGCGGCUAUCGGGACGUUGUCAACGCAACAAAGUCAAGCGCAUAAUCAAAGUUGCUAGGUAGUUAUGGAUGAAUCUGAUUUUGUCGACAAAGACAAGCUGAUACUGCGAGGUUUACUGUUCCAUGGAUUUCAUGGUGUGAAACAAGAGGAAAAGACGCUUGGCCAAAAGUUCUUGGUGGAUGUGGAUGCGUGGUUAGAUUUAAGCAAGGCUGGUGAAUCUGAUGAUUUGCUUGACACUGUCAGCUACACUGAUAUAUACAGGAUUGCCAAAAAGAUUGUUGAGGGUCCAUCCCUUGACCUUAUUGAGUCUGUGGCUCACCUGAUCGCAAAAGAUACAUUGCUUGCUUUCUCUCAGAUCUCCGCGGUUCGGGUAAAGGUUGUGAAACCCCAUGUAGCUGUUCUUGGGACUAUAGACCAUUUGGGUGUUGAGAUCACGAGAUUUAAGAAGCAUGAUUGUCCAAGCCAGCCUCAAGCAUAACUUGCACUCCACAAGAACGUCAUUUAUAUCAAGGAUCCAUGACUGCUAGCAAAACUGUAUCCGACUUCUUUAUAUGCAUUUAGAACGUAUUGAUGAUCAAGUAUUCUGAAUCUGUAACUGAUAUUAUGUGUUUAUGGCACGAUCAAGUUGUUCCACCACUUGUGUUUCCUUAUCAAUGUUUAAACUCGUAAUUUAUAAUUUAUUAUUUAGUAGGCUUGGAUAUUUUGCAGUGACA